AUGCCUCGCCUGCCCCCUUCCCUCAUCCGCCGCGCCCAUGUCGUCUCCCCACUUGUCGCUACCCUCCUCCCGGCUUGUCGCGACAUCCCCUCCGCCGUGACCGAAUUCCGCUGGAUUAAGUCGCACGUCGCCGGCCUCGGGACGCCGGUGUCUGCGCGGGAUGCGGAAGUCCGUGUCGCUCGCCUGUGCGCGAGACGCGGCCGCGGCGUGCCGCUGCAAUACGUCCUCGGCUCACAGCCUUUCGGCGCCCUGGAUAUCAAGUGCCGGCCCGGCGUGCUUGCUCCGCGCGCCGAGACGGAGGCGUAUGCGCUGCACCUGGCUGAGAUGAUCAGAUUCGGUCGUCUGCCGGGCUUUCGGGGCAGAGAGCUGCGGAUCGUGGACUUUUGCACUGGGACCGGGUGCAUAGCGCUUGCUCUGUAUGAGGGUCUUACACGAUGGGCCGAGAGGCUGAGUGUCACAGGGGUGGAUGUCUCCCCAAUCGCAGUCAAUCUUUCACGGGCGAAUCUGCAGCAUAAUGUCGGCGCUGGCGUGUUGCUACUACCUACGGAGGAUAAGAGCAUUUCCUUCCGGCUGGCAGACGUCUUUGACGGUGCAGCCGUGGCAACACUACCUCAGUGCGAUAUUCUGGUAUCCAACCCACCAUAUAUCUCACGAAAAGUUUGGUCUUAUGGCCACGGACAGAUGGGCUACUCUGUACGAAAGUACGAACCAAGACUCGCUUUAGUGCCGGGUGACACGGCGCCUUCAUAUGAUGGAUGUGACCAUGCCGACGUCUUCUAUGCUAGGCUGCUGGACAUUGCAGGCUGGCUGCGGCCGAAGGUUAUAUUGUUCGAAGUGGGAGAUCAAGAACAAGCAGUGAGAGUUGCGAGGCUUGUCAGGCGGAAUUUGUACACCAGGCAGGCAACCUGCGAGCUGUGGCGGGAUUGGCCGGACAUGACGCCCGAGGAGAACGAAGCUACUGAGUUGGACAUAGAUGCAAUGAGCAUUGCGAUCAAGGGGAGUGGGAAUGUACGAUCCGUGUUUGUGUGUCUGUAA